CUGCUAUGUCUUGAGGCUGGUGAAGCUCCUUCUCAGGUUUCAUGAAGGCAGCAACAACUGGUAAUCAUCUGUCCUCUCAUGACACCCUCCAAUCUUAGUAUGAGAAAAGCAAAAAGCAUUUUUCAACCGCACAACAACUUUAGAUACAGCAGAUUCAGCUCUCUCCUUGUCGAGUUUAACCUUGAGAUCCGCUGCUGCUUGCGAAUUUAGGAGAACGUAUCACAUCUUGCUUCUCUGACAAGUUAUCUAAUAACUCAAACUUGAAAGUCGUCUUUUGGUUCUCCAUACCUCUCGAUGAUUUCUUUUGGCUUGGGAAGGAGCAAAAUGAGUUUUACUUAACCAAACGUAAAGCCUCCUAUUAAUUACCGAUUUCGUCAUUAAUGUCAAAAAAGUUAUUUUUUGUCUUUAAUUUUUAUUUCCAUAUAUUCUUCUGCUACAUCAAUGGGUGAAUUAAAUGCAAAAAUGCAAGUAGAUUUUUUUACUUAUUCCAGUGAUAUUACCAGUGAUUUAUGGAAAGUAUAUAUGUAAUAUGUACCACUAAUUUAGGGGAUCAUAAUAUGUAAAAAUUUGACUCAUUUAUACCGAUUUCUACGGGUAUAUCGGUUUAUAUUUAAAAAAAAAAAAAAAUUCACAUAAAACUACACUGCCUAGAGACGGGUCUGCUCCCAAACAUAUAAAAUUCCUGUCUCGCAUUGCGUAAUAAAACUCACAUAAACUCGCAGGGUGUUAUAAAAGGAGAUGGUUCAACUUCAAUCUUAUUUCUAAUCUAUUAGAGUCUACAUUUCUUUCAUCUCAAUGCCACUAAUCACAGUUACUGACCUUGUGAUGAUGUGUUGUUCCGGUUGCUGUCCAACUAUUGCUAACUUCAUUAUAGAAUUAAUGCUAAUAUCUUAAAAUUCCGAUAUACCCGUUCACAAAUGCAUAUACUCAUUCAAAAUUAAUUUUUUCCAUUUUUUAUAAAUUUUCGGUUAUCGUCUCAUGAAGUCUAAUUGAUUUGUCUCUUUCUCCUUUCAUAUAUAGUUUUGGCAAAUGUUUAAAAUUAUCCAUUCAUUCUACUUCGUUUGUUUGUAAAUAAUAUUUAUCUAUUUUAGAUCAUCGUCAAAUUAACGAUGGAAACUAACUCUAACUGUUUUUUUUUUCGAGUUUUCUUUUCUUUCAUUAUUUGGAAAUAAUGUAAAGCGAGGGAAAAAAAGAAAAUCGAAAUAGAAAAGAUUAAAAAGGGAAAAAAAAAUGACUUGUGUAACAGGGAAGGUGAACCGAGAAUAAUCUAUUUCCCUCUUCUCGCUCCCUUCUUUUUCUUUCUUCCAUCAUCCUAACAUUCCCCUUCUCUAUCCCUCUCUUAGGGUGGCGAUGUCGUUGCCUCCGUUUAGCUGCCGCAUUCUCGCGGCAGCCGUGGCCCUCUAUCUAACCGGUCUGCUAUGCCUUGGUGCUGGUGAAGCUCCUUCUAAAGAUGCCGCGGCUCCCAAGAUUCCUGGCUGUUCCAACGAAUAUCAAAUGGUCAAGGUUGAGCAUUGGGUGAACGGAGAAAAUGGUGAAGAUUUUAGUGGCAUGACUGCUCAGUUUGGUGCCGUGCUUCCGUCUGAUAAAGACAAAGCUGUUAGACUUCCUGUUGUUCUUACAACUCCUUUGAACAGUUGCUCCAAUUUAACCUCAAAGCUAUCUGGUUCUAUUGCGUUAUCUGUACGUGGGGAAUGUACUUUCACAGCUAAGGCUCAGGUUGCACAGGCAGGAGGAGCUGCAGCUUUGGUUUUAAUAAACGACAAAGAAGAGCUGGAUGAGAUGGCUUGUACUGAGGGAGAAACUCCUUUAAGUCUUACUAUACCUGUUUUGAUGAUUACUACAUCAUCUGGAGAUGCCUUGAAGAAAUCCCUUAUGGCAAAUAAGAAAGUGGAGCUAUUAUUGUAUGCUCCAAAAAGCCCAGUUGUGGAUUAUGCAGUGGCAUUCCUCUGGCUUAUGUCUGUUGGAACAGUUUUCAUUGCUUCUGUUUGGUCACAUUGCACCGGUCCUAAGGAGAACGAUGAUGAGUACAAUGAAUUAUCACCAAAGAAGUCUUCAGUUGAUGGUGCUACCAAAGAUGCUACAAAAGAUGACGAUGAAACACUUGAUAUUAGUGCUACUGGUGCUGUUAUCUUUGUCAUAUCAGCGUCCACGUUCCUUGUGUUGCUCUUCUUCUUUAUGUCAUCAUGGUUCAUCUUGAUCCUCACCGUCUUUUUCUGCAUUGGUGGUAUGCAGGGAAUGCAUAAUAUUAUCUAUACCCUCAUAACAAUGAGAUGCAAUAAAUGUGGUCGGAAGACUGUGAAAGUCCCUUUGUUUGGGAAUGUAACGAUUCUCUCACUCAUGGUUCUGUUGUUCUGCUUUGUGGUUGCUGUCGUCUGGUUCAUAAACCGCAAAACAUCGUAUGCAUGGGCCGGCCAAGAUAUUUUCGGUAUUUGCUUGAUGAUAAAUGUCUUGCAAGUGGCUCGGCUACCUAAUAUCAGGGUUGCAACCAUUCUUCUAUGUUGUGCAUUUUUCUAUGACAUCUUUUGGGUGUUCCUGUCACCACUAAUCUUCAAGCAAAGUGUGAUGAUUGCAGUUGCACGUGGGAGCAAAGACACAGGAGAAUCUAUUCCCAUGCUACUGAGAUUUCCAAGGCUUUCUGAUCCAUGGGGUGGUUACAACAUGAUCGGUUUUGGAGACAUUCUAUUCCCGGGUCUUCUCAUAUGCUUUAUCUUCAGAUAUGACAGGGAAAACAACAAAGGAGUAGUGAAAGGCUACUUCCCAUGGUUGAUGUUUGGUUACGGACUUGGACUAUUCUUAACAUACUUGGGACUAUAUCUUAUGAACGGACACGGUCAACCUGCAUUGCUCUAUCUAGUGCCAUGCACUCUCGGUAUAACGGUUAUACUAGGGUUGGUGAGGAAAGAACUCAGAGACUUGUGGAACUACGGGACUCAGGAGCCUUCAGCUUCAGAUGUAAAUCCAUCUCCAGGAGCAUAACUUGCUCUCCUACAUAAAAAAUCAACAUGAUUCUGACAUUUUUUUUCUUUUGCUCAUAAAUGUAACACAUGGGAUUUGACCCUUACAUGUACACACUAGUUGAGCCCCCACUCGUAUAAAUGUAAUUGUAUAAGUAUACAUAUUUUCACCAAAGUUCUGUAUCUAAAAUUUAAUUUAUUUUAUCACUGAUAUAAUGAACUAGUGAACAACAAGACUUUAACAAAACGAUAACUAAGGUUUUAAUGCGAAGAACUUUUCUACUCCAAUAUUUUUAGACAUUAGUAACAUCAUAAGCUUUUUAAAAUGGGAUUGUUUUUUAGAUUUUAAAGAGAAACUUAAUACAAGUAGGAUAGAGUGAAAUAUGUUUUCACCGUGAGGUGUUUCAACAUUUUUUUCAGUGGGUAAAUAUAAUAAAUUAUUUUAGUCCUCUAAAAGAAAAUUCAAUAAAAAUAAAAAUAUUUAUUUAAGUCCAACGGCUAGUAUUUAUUGGACUGUGGGAAGCAACGGUUCAUUUUUUUCUACUCCAAUAUUUUUAGACUUUAGUAACAUCAUAGGCUUUUUAAAAUGGGAUUUUUUAAAAAGAUUUUGAUGAGAAGCUUUAGACUUAAGUAACAUCAGACUUUAGUAACAUCAUAGAGUGAACCGUGAGGUGUUUCAACACUUUUACAGUGGGUAAAUAUUUUUUUUUUGUCAACACAGCAGGUAAAUAUAAUAAAUCAUUUUGAUCUAAUAAUAAAUCAUUUUUAUUUUUGUCCAACGGCUAAUAUUUAUUGGAUUAUGGGAACUGGGAAGCAACGGUAUAAAGAACAUUGGGAGUGUUGCAAUAAAGGAAAUUGGGGUCUAUUUAUAUUCAUUAUCAUAGCGCACCACAAAUCAAUUAUUUCCUUUUUCUCUUUCUUCUUCUUCAGAUUAUUUCUCCAGAUUAUUUUUCUCUUUCUUCUUCUUAGAUGGAGUGCGUCAGUUUUUAAAGAAGAGUUAGUAAGGCUCACAACACACAGCAGUGAAGACUAACUCUGUCCGGAUUAAAGAGUUGCUUGAAAAAGAGACUAUUCCCAUGGAAACAGAGUCUACACGGACGGAGACAAAUCUGCUAGUGGGAAGGCGAAUGAUGUUAAUAAUGCAAAGAUGAUCAAAGCUCCUAUGGACAAAGUCUACACCAGUACGUCUACACGGAGACAAAUCAAAGCUUAUAUAUAUAUGGACAAGGUUGAGCUAGAGCACUCAAACAUACGUGUUGAUAGUCUGUGUUGGAUGAGCAUCUCUCAUUCCCUCUACUUCCGAGGAUCAAUCAACCAUCUUCUUCAACAAUAUAUUGUCACUACUGCUGCUGAGGUUAAACUUCCUCCUACACAUCCUAUCAGAUUGGCUUUGGCGUUGAACUUCUCCGUCUUCUACUACGAGAUCAUGAACUCACUCACAAGAAAGGGUUUUAGAGAUUGUUUAGUAACUAAGUACCUUAGAAGACUCGUACGUUAUUUGAGAUUGUUUUUACUACUUAAAUUAAGGGCAUGCCACCUUGGUGAAUAAAUAGUGAAAUGUAGAGUUUCCUCUGUUUCAUGUAUCAUUAUUGUGUAUGUUGUAAUCUGGUUUGACCGUUUGCAUCAUCCUGAUGCAUGUCUAAGACACUGUCUUCUUGUUUUGUAAUUCGAAACUCGUUACUGUC